GUUGGUACAGUAGGCUUCACUAGACUUAGCUGCAACUCAGAAUUUCUCCUCCAGCACCUGAGUAAAUGCUGAUGGUCUUGUGGAGAGUGGAUUAAGAGUACGAGCUAAGUUCUCAAUCCCAAUUAAGAAGCGGAAAAUUUAAACUGUCUUCUUCAAAGUUUAUCACAACCACCACCAUCAAGACAGCAAACCAAAGGACAAAGACUUUGACCUGCUGUGUUGCUCUGUGUAGUCCAGUUCACGUAUGGUUUACAGACUUGGCUGGGGUUACUAAAAAUAAAUAAAAAGUUGGACACUUCUGUCAUUGGACGCUAUUAUUCACAAGUUACCAGAAUGAGAGCUGUACUGGACACAGCAGACAUUGCCAUAGUGGCCCUGUAUUUUAUCCUGGUCAUGUGCAUUGGUUUUUUUGCCAUGUGGAAAUCUAAUAGAAGCACCGUGAGUGGAUACUUCCUGGCGGGGCGCUCUAUGACCUGGGUAGCAAUUGGUGCCUCUCUGUUUGUGAGCAAUAUUGGGAGUGAGCACUUCAUUGGGCUGGCAGGAUCUGGAGCUGCAAGUGGAUUUGCAGUGGGCGCAUGGGAAUUCAAUGCCUUACUGCUUUUACAACUUCUGGGAUGGGUUUUCAUCCCAAUUUACAUCCGGUCAGGGGUAUAUACCAUGCCUGAAUACUUGUCCAAGCGAUUUGGUGGCCAUAGGAUUCAGGUCUAUUUUGCAGCCUUGUCUCUGAUUCUCUAUAUUUUCACCAAGCUCUCGGUGGAUCUGUAUUCGGGUGCCCUUUUUAUCCAGGAGUCUUUGGGUUGGAAUCUUUAUGUGUCUGUCAUCCUGCUCAUUGGCAUGACUGCUUUGCUGACUGUCACCGGAGGCCUUGUUGCAGUGAUCUACACAGACACUCUGCAGGCUCUGCUCAUGAUCAUUGGGGCACUUACACUUAUGAUUAUUAGCAUAAUGGAGAUUGGCGGGUUUGAGGAAGUUAAGAGAAGGUACAUGUUGGCCUCACCUGAUGUCACUUCCAUCUUAUUGACAUACAACCUUUCCAACACAAAUUCUUGUAAUGUCUCCCCUAAGAAAGAAGCCCUGAAAAUGCUGCGGAAUCCAACAGAUGAAGAUGUUCCUUGGCCUGGAUUCAUUCUUGGGCAGACCCCAGCUUCAGUAUGGUACUGGUGUGCUGACCAAGUCAUCGUGCAGAGGGUCCUUGCAGCCAAAAACAUUGCUCAUGCCAAAGGCUCUACUCUUAUGGCUGGCUUCUUAAAGCUCCUGCCAAUGUUUAUCAUAGUUGUCCCAGGAAUGAUUUCCAGGAUACUGUUUACUGAUGAUAUAGCUUGCAUCAACCCAGAGCACUGCAUGCUGGUGUGUGGAAGCAGAGCUGGUUGCUCCAAUAUUGCUUACCCACGCCUGGUGAUGAAGCUGGUUCCUGUGGGCCUUCGGGGCUUAAUGAUGGCAGUGAUGAUUGCAGCUCUGAUGAGUGACUUAGACUCUAUCUUUAACAGUGCCAGUACCAUAUUCACCCUCGAUGUGUACAAACUUAUCCGCAAGAGCGCAAGCUCCCGGGAGUUAAUGAUUGUGGGGAGGAUAUUUGUGGCAUUUAUGGUGGUGAUCAGCAUAGCAUGGGUGCCAAUCAUCGUGGAGAUGCAAGGAGGCCAGAUGUACCUUUACAUUCAGGAGGUGGCAGAUUACCUGACACCCCCAGUGGCAGCCUUGUUCCUGCUGGCAAUUUUCUGGAAGCGCUGCAAUGAACAAGGGGCUUUCUAUGGUGGAAUGGCUGGCUUUGUUCUUGGAGCAGUCCGUUUGAUACUGGCCUUUGCCUACCGUGCCCCAGAAUGUGACCAACCUGAUAAUAGGCCGGGCUUCAUCAAAGACAUCCAUUAUAUGUAUGUGGCCACAGGAUUGUUUUGGGUCACGGGACUCAUUACUGUAAUUGUGAGCCUUCUCACGCCACCUCCCACAAAGGAACAGAUUCGAACCACCACCUUUUGGUCUAAGAAGAACCUGGUGGUGAAGGAGAACUGCUCCCCAAAAGAGGAACCAUACAAAAUGCAAGAAAAGAGCAUUCUGAGAUGCAGUGAGAAUAAUGAGACCAUCAACCACAUCAUUCCCAACGGGAAGUCUGAAGACAGCAUUAAGGGCCUUCAGCCUGAAGAUGUUAAUCUGUUGGUAACCUGCAGAGAGGAGGGCAACCCAGUGGCAUCCUUAGGUCAUUCAGAGGCAGAAACACCAGUUGACGCUUACUCCAAUGGGCAAGCAGCUCUCAUGGGUGAGAAAGAGAGAAAGAAAGAAACGGAUGAUGGAGGUCGGUACUGGAAGUUCAUAGACUGGUUUUGUGGCUUUAAAAGUAAGAGCCUCAGCAAGAGGAGUCUCAGAGACCUGAUGGAGGAGGAGGCUGUUUGUUUACAGAUGCUAGAAGAGACUCGGCAAGUUAAAGUAAUACUAAAUAUUGGACUUUUUGCUGUGUGUUCACUUGGAAUUUUCAUGUUUGUUUAUUUCUCCUUAUGAACUUAAGGAUAUGGUGAGACACUAACUUAAGACAAUACUGACUGGUCUUUGGGGAAAAAAAGUUAUGUAACUGUUGCAUCUCUCAGGCAUUGUUUACGCUGUAGGUUUUAGCCAAAUUUUACUUAGCAGAAAAUCAUCUAAUUACAAGACUUUAUUUUCCCGGAGAUGGAUUAAAGUAAAUCUUCAACUUAAGUGAAGCAAAACUUAACAGACUGAAUUGUGCAAAUGUGGUUUUAAAUUUUGCAUACCAAAGUAAGGAGAGACCAAUUAUUCUCACAGAGCACUUAGAGCAGAAUAUAGUAUAUUCUGCUUAAUACCAUGAAUUAAGGUAUACUGUCUGCACUGCCAAGUCUUGGCAGACCUUACCCUGAAGUAGAAGAUUUGCUCAUUUCUAAAUUUUUUUUUCUGUCUCUGUAAUCCCUCCUACCAUUAAGAAAAACUUAUUUCUUAGACAUUGUACAAUCAGUUAUGUACUGAAAAUCGAAUGUGCUGUGUGAUACUUGUUUCAGGACAAGUUCAUUUGCCAGGUUCAUUUUGUUAGCAUGAGCCUACGGAUUCUGAUUGCCAAAAGAAAGAAUGUUUUCCUGUAGGUAUUUUUGUACCACCAGUAUAUGGAAUGUUAGGGAAAAACUUUGUUCCAGUUCCUUUUUUUUUUCUUUCUACUUUCAAGUUUAAGCGAACCAUACUGAAAUGACCAUCAAGUCUGCCUGUAAAGUUACAUGUCAUGAUUGUGUUGUUAAAUGAUUAUGGGGGAGAAAAUGAAGUAAAUGUUGCUGAUGAUCCCCAUAUUUAUUGAUCAUAUUAAGGUUGUUUAUAUAGUUUGGAAAUGACCAGCCCCCUAAGCAGUGUUUGAUUAACUUAUGCUAAUCAGAUGAUUACUCUUAUAUUCUGCUAAUUUUCUAGCUUUAUUCUUAUUAUUUGGAAAAAUUAUUAGCCAAAUGCCUUCCUAAGUGGAUCCAGUUGGAAGAUAUGUCCAGAAACCUGAAGAAAAAUUGACGCUGCCUUUGUGUGCUGGAUUGCUCUACUUGAUUAGAUCAUGAUAUAUCAAGGUUGAAUUUUUAGAGGGAAAAUUUAAUUCUGAUAUCUUAUUGCAUCCUUGAUAAGUUUUUCCCUGAUUUUUUUUUUCCUCAAAAGACUUUCCAUCUGUACACAGCCUCUACAUUUUUGUUGUAGUGACUUAGAGCAUAAGGAUGUUUCAGUGCAAACUGGCCAUCGGUAACAGAAAACUCAGUGCAUACUUUGCUGUUGUUAGGUUGUCAAUAUAGUCUUUCUGUAGGAUGGAUAGCAUGUUUGAGAGGUGCCAAACAAGAACUUUUGGGGUUAGUAGUGUGUCUUGUGGAGGGUAUUACGGGACUGUGUAAUUAUAGGACUCUAACUUGACAUGGCUUGGCACCCACUUGCAGCUAGUGGGUACAGGGUACAAAAGAUGUUAUAGAAAAGCUCUACAGAUUACAUACUUCUGUGUCUUCGUAUGCUCAACACUGUCCUUUGUCCUCCAUGAAAGAUGAAGGAAGCAAAUUAUGUAUGUACUUUCUUUGACCUUCUUUAAUCUCUGAUACUUUUUAGAUUGCAUGAUUUUACUAGGCUUGUAUUUAGGGAAAUUACUUUCAUAAAUACUUUUGUAGAUUUUGAAUCAAAACUCAGUCUUUUUUUUUGUAGUCUAUAAACUAGUUUCAUUAUGAUGGACUUGAUUAGUCCAAAGUUAAUUUUAGAAAUUGUCAGGUAGCAUAGUGUCUUCCCAUGAUCAGGAGGCUUUCUGAAGGACUGAGUCUGUAAGUGAAAAAAUAAUUUAUGUAUGAAUAGCAUGUAGUUCUGAAGAGCUUAGAGUGCCUUGUAGAAUUUUUUUCUCAAUUUUAUUCUUGAGGUUUAUAAUUUGGGGGCCAAAUAGAUAGAGCUCAUCAUUUUCUUGUCUGGAAGUUGAGGCUGCGACAUGUCCAAGGUUAUGAAGUCUUUUUUGGGAAGAACAGAAACCAGGUCUCCAAAUCUGGACUCACGGUUUGUUCAGAUGUGUCUGGACAAAUGGUUGUCAAUGUUUUGUCCUGUUUUUUCAAAGGAACUGUUCUUCCUUUGGGACAACCUUUUGGUGUUUGGGAAAGUAAUAAGAUCUUGGAUUUUUCAAAUUAACAUUAAGUUGUAAGAACUAAAAUUUUCUUUGAACCACACUACUGUGUAAUUCAGUGAUAAUUGACAUAUUGGCUGGGCAGCCUAUCUCUUCCAUAUCCAGCGUAAAUGAAUAGGAGGUGUUUGUGAUUUUUUUUUUCUCCCUUUAACAUUGAGUCCUAGUAGUUUGGAGAAUUAGGGUCCCUCUACCUUCUUUCUGCUCUUGUCUUACUAAGAUACAUAGGGUACAUCAUCUUGUGUCUGUGUGUAUAUAGCAGUAGGUCAAGUUUAGAGUACUAAAGUCUGUAAAUAAGGAAUGACUAUUAGCAUAUUCAUUAGAAUUGUUUAUUCUUGCCAGUAUAAACAUCAUUUUAUUUAGACUAAAGUCCCUGAAGCUUGUCUUUCUUAUUGCUUCCCAGUAAUAGAUAAUGUGCUCGAGUAAGUUUGUGAAUUGCUGAUUGCAACUUAAUUCAGGGACCAGUCUUCAAUCUAUAUUUCAUUAGAAUGAUAGUUCCUGGAAUGAUACAUGGACUGUCUUAAGCUAGCAAAAUGUUCAUACUUUACACUGACUAAAUGGGUCCUAAAUGAUGACACUGGUCUUUAGACAUUAACAUGUGUAUAUUUUUAUAUUAGCUCAAGCUAAGGUUCAGAAUUGAAGAUUGAUAUUGACUAGAAUAGCUAAAAGUCAAAAUGAGGUGAGGACACUGGUCUUGGAAGGUAGAGAAAAAUAAAUGUCUUACCAGGUGUUCAUGGUAUCCCCAGUUCUUAGACUUUUGUCUUCUCAGGCAAUUUUCAUCUCAAGAUCUGAUGAGAAGGGCAUAUUACAUUGGUAUGCAGGAUGAUUAUUGCGUAUUUUGUGGGACCUCUAAUUUCCCUGGUCAUCUUUCAGAAUAUUCUGUUCUGCCACCCCCAGAGAGUAAACACUUGAGCCAAUUUCUUCUUCUGCAGCUAUUCUUUCCUGGGGGUAAUUAUGCUUUGUCUUUAGAUUAGAGAAGCAUCAAGCAAUAGCAAUGGUGCUGUGUCCUUCGGCCUAAAUUCAAUAGAUCUCAUCUCCUAGGGCUUCCUUUUCACUUGGCUCAAAGGAUCCAUUGUAUUUCGGCACAAAGAGGCUGGCCAGGGUCAUGUAGCCAUAGCUCUUAGGGAUGAUACCUCAAGAAAUUAGCUGGGACCCAUCACUCUGUGAAACUUCACAUUUUAAGAACUGAGUUGAGGGUGUUGUUAUGCACUUCUGUAACUUGAGGCUAAGCAAGGGGUUAAGUCUUGUGAGAGCCAAUCGAGUGUGUCUGUAUUCGCAGUCCAUGGCUUAUUUUCUUUAUGGUUGGCAUAUGGAUCUUCCCCUCUGACUUUGAAUAUCAUUUGGUGUGGCCUGUGGGUUAUUUUCGUUCUUUACCACCAAAUAAAGCGGCUUAUUAGCUACUCAGUUACUUGCUACUCAAAGGUUGGGUCUUCCCUGUUCCUGCUUGGCAGUGUUAAAGCUUACAGGGUUAACUUAUGUUGAUUCUCCUGGCUCAUUUUCAUCAGAGGCAUGAUGACUGGAAAGGGAUCACAUGGGUCGUUGGUGGUGACACCUCACUAUUUCCUAGGUUUGGAUAGAGAGAUGUAUACAAGACCUUUCCUGUUAAAUUACGUGACUACAGAGACUUGCCAGGACAAAAUUUUCCUAAGAAAUCAGAAAAAUGAUUAAGUGAGAUAAGUACCUGGGUGACACAGAUAUUAGCCCGUUGGUAAAAGACAACAAAUAUUAGCUUAAAAUCUGCAUAUGUAGAAUCAUUUUCAUUAGAUUUAGAGCUUGAAGCACCUUGGCUCUCAGCUACUUUAAACUCCUCCCCAUAUAAAUUAGGGCACCAAUAAAUAAGUUUCAGCUUUUUAAACCCUGGUUUGAUGUUAAGCAUUAUAAAGUACAAAGUUUGUUACCACGGUAGAGAUAAUUUAGUAGAAAAAUGCUUUGAGGCUUCAGUAUUUGUAAGAUUUUGCAUUAGCCAGAUGCUAGGUUGUUGAAGGCAUUUCAGUGUUGAUAAUAGCCUGAGCAGACUUUACAAAUGGGAUCUGUUUCUAUAUGUGUAUAUGCCCACUUACCAUUCAGAGAGACUGGUCUUUCUCUUUGUCUUCCUUCACAUUGCUGUGUCAGUUCUACACCUAGUCUUUUCAGCACUUAGCAAAUUCAAAUUUUGAUUUUUUUGUCAGCUUAGUUCACUUUAAGGCAUAUUGGCAUGGUGUGUGAAAGUGAUGUUUUGCCCCAGUAUUGAGGACUUUUAGAUCCAAAUAAUGACUCAUUAAAUAUAAUUAUGUUUUAAGUAUACUGAAUUUCUGUUAGCUUAAAAUGUUAAUUCUCAGGAAUGAUUUUCUCACACUUUGUGUUGGCUAAUAAUAAAAGCACUGUUUUAUUCUCAAAACUCCUUUUUCAAAAAUUAGGGAGAGAGCAGUAGUGAUCAUUUAUGUGAGCCCCUUUGAAAUGAUGGUGUCAGAGUGCAGAGAAACAAUGGAGUUUUGAUGCCAAAAAGGUUUUUUUUGCAGUAAAAGUAAAAAUUUGGAAUUAGUUGGCAUGUAGAGGAACCCUUUUGUACUGGAAGGUAUGAGGCUGGAUUGUGAAAAAGUAAUCUUUUGAUUGCUAGACGUGGUUAACUUAGGGCUGCAAAUCUUUUUCUUCUAUCAAGGUCACUUAAUAUGGAAUGUUUUUGUCAGACUGUCCUCUGUUGGAAUACUUUAGCUGUUCAGCUACUUUGACUCCUAGGAGAGAAUUUAGUUAAGGUUCAAAGUAAUUAACUGGCUUUGCCAGUGGUGAGUCCCACACCAUUAUUCACUUAGUAGUCAUAUAAAUGUUUUUAUUUAAACUUCUCUCUCUCCAAUGCUGAGAAUAAGGCUUUAAAUUACUGAUUCACCUUUAAAGGAAUGUUGUGAGAAUUGAUGUAAUUUCUGUUUCUGUUUCCAUCUAAACUUCUUUAUAAAAAGAGGGAUUAGUUUUUUUGUUUUGGGGUAAGCACCUAAUUUAUCCGGUAACCAACAGCCCUCACCAUUGGCAUAUAGUCUUUCACUCAGAAAUAAACAAAAACUGUUUGGUAUAUCUGUAUCAUUGCUAAUCUUGUGCACUUUACUUUUUGGGCAGUACCAUACGUAGUCUGAGGCUAUUGACUUAAACCAAUAACUGUACUUUAUGUAAUGACUCUUAAAUUUGGUUACCUGAGUUCACAGCUUGCUUGAAGAGAAAGGAUGCUAGAAUAAAGUAAGCAGCUGAAGAGCGAGCAAAUCAAGACAAAACACAGUGGUCUCAGAUUUUUCGUAGUGUAGGAACAGUGGUUUUGCUCUAUACCACCGAAAAGCACUAUAACAUAAUUGUUGUCCAUGAUACUGAAGCUUUUCCCCUCACUUCUGGGUUGUUUACAUUCAGAGCUCUAUCAAUAAGAGAAAUACAUAUUACAGUGAAUUCGACAACAGCACAAGUUGGCAGUAGGUAUCCCCAACCUAAUUUAUCUUGGUAAAUUCACCCUGUUUCCUAGUGCUGCUGGAUAAAAGAGUGUUUACUUUUUAUUGCUCUUGGACAGAGUAGUCUAGAUUAAAGUUUUCAGUUUAUCAACAUAGCCUAGACUUCUGUAAGUGGAAUGUUCAUUAAUAACUCAUCUUUUUGUUGUUAUAAUUGGAAACAGAAACGAGGCUUAUUGCUAUUGUAGAAAUCCCAAACUGGCAAAGGCCAGUAUAUAUGGUAUUCCAUAAUAUAACCAGCUUUUGAAAUUUAUGUGUUUGGAUUAGUGCCUUCUGGUUACCAGUAUUGACUCUGCUAGUUUGCACCUUUCCGUUCUUAACAGAAAAUUUGUAUUUGUUAUUCCUCUUAAAUUUUGUUGUAACUAGUGAAGGAAGUAAAAAAAAAAAAAUGCAUUAUAUUGACAUACUUUAUGUGCAGCCUUUAUUUAGGUUCAGUGAAACCAGGUAGUUCUGUAUUUGUGUUGUAGCCUAAAUGUUGUUUCUUUUAUAUCCAUUAAAAACUUAAAGUUACUUAUGUUCUGUGAUCUUAAUUUUGUUGUGUUUCCAUUGUAGGUUGAUAGGUAUAUCGAGAACAGGUACAUGACAACAGUUUAUAUUCCAUGAUAGAAAGCUAAAGUCCAUAGAAAGCACAAAAUCGUGUUCACACAUUAGUGUAUCCACACAUAGAAAGCACAAGACUAAUAGUAUUCUCUGUAUCCCACAAGUGCCAGUCAUAAAGGCCACCAGGUAUUUGUCUCAGAGUUGCUAUGAGGACUACAGUAUUGAUAAGCCCAAGACAAUGCGGUAUCUAAACUGGUCCUAAUGGUAAGGGAUCCAAAGGAAUAAUCUCAAUAAGUUUGUACCACAUUGAUGGAGGGAGAGAAUAUAAAUGUCAAGAAUGCCAAAAUUAUAUUUGGGGGUUACUAGCUAAAAUGGGGUUUGAGGGCUUUUUACUGCAACUUGAAACUAGAGAAAUAGGGACAGAUGUCUAGGUUUUUGGUGGGUGGAACAGGUGACAUAUUUCUGUUUUAAGCUGUAGUGUGAUUGGGGUUUUUUUUAAAAAAUCUUAAAUCUUUUAGGAAAUAUUACCUCUUAACAGUGCCCCCCAAACAUGCAGAAAGUCAUACUUUAACAGGGCAAAUACUACUUGUCUUUGAUUUUUUUUGUGUACGUUUGUAUGUGAGAGAUGAAGUUACCUUUAUUUUUUUCCUGUACUUGACUGUGCUUCAUUUUAAUAAAGGGUAAUUUGAUCUGAGUGUUCUGAGCAUCAGACUAAUUCUGAAGCAUAUUUGCUAGAGGAGCUACUUUGCUUUUCACAGUGGGGUGGAGAGCAUUCUUUCACUUGUCCCAUUAACCCUCUUCUAGUCUAGAUGAGAUGAAAUCUGUUAAUGUGUGUGCAGAAGAAAACGUAUGUUCUACUCAGCAUUGCCCUUUUCCACCUCCUCACUUCACCUCCGAGUAGCUUGUUUAUCAAGAAUGAAUGAAUGUCUUUGUCUUAAAUUUUGCCCAUGUGUUAAAAGAUGUAAUUCUCAGAAUGGGAGAGAAAUGACUACCUUUGUUCCUACUCUUUUAUAUAAUUAUCUUUUUAGGGAAAGACUUGGUCAACUCUAAUAUAUCUAGAAGGAAGACUAUAUCUGGUGUAGACUAAUAUGAGAUGUUUUAGAAGAGUUAACCUGAACACUUUGAGGGAGAGAUUAUUCUUGCCAGCAAAAAGCUAGCCAGGAAUGAGCCUACCACAUUAUUUGAGAAUAUCAAACCUCAGGCCUGGGGGGAUGAGGGGAAGAAGAUUACCAGAAGUGCAGGAAAGAGAAGUUUGAGGAACAUCCUUGGCUUAGCAACAUGUGAUAAUGCAAAGCUGUUAUAACCUGUUAAUCCUACAUACUAUGUGUUCUGUACCUUUACAUGUUUUUAAAUUUAAGGUAGUUUGUAAGAACUGUACAAAAAAAUGCUUCUGGAGAUUUCUUUGGCAGAAAUGCCUUUCAUCUAUAAUUUCAUGGAGAACUGCUUUAAUUAGCCUAGGUGAAAAGUAGUCCUAGCAGUGUAAAUAUGUAUAAUUAGAGUUUUCUAAUUUCACUGUGAGAUCUCUAACUUUUGAGUGGCAAACAGAUCAAGUCUUUUGGUCAUAGACUUUUCUGUGGGGUUAUUAAAAUGCAAAAGCUUUAUUUUUUUUUAAUAAUGCCAUACUCCAUUAGUGUCAGAUGAUGGUAUGGAAUUUGUUCCCUUGCUUUCCCCCACUGUUACUGCUUCAGUUUAUAGAUUGCCAGCAGAGUUCAGAAGUAGAGCAGGGAUUUACCCGUUCUUUGCUUGGACAUCCCAUUUUCUUUUGUCCAGACCCAUGUUGGCAAUCAUGUAUGAACUGUGUCUCAGUGCUUUCUUUUUUCUUUUUGAUAAGAUGGAUAUCAAAAAUAGUUGCUGUGCAAAAGUUAGUAGUCUUCUUCAAGAAGAAAACCAAUUCUUUUUCUAAUAAUAUCCUGUGAAAUUGCUUCAUUCAUUCAUUUAUUUUUAAGCCAAAUGUCAGCAGAGUGCUGCUGCUUUUAUCUAGUAAUUUUGAUAUGUAAGUAUUAAUGCAUUUUUAAAAGAUGUCUACAUUGAAAAAUGUUCUUCCCAGUGUCCUGCUUAUGAUGCUUUGUUCAGAUUUUUUGUAAGAGACCAGUUAGUACACUGGGGGUGUGUAUUGUGUACAUGUGUCAUUUUAGUUAGGCAUUGUAGACCAAAUGUGAUUAUAAAUGAAGUUGAUGAACAUUAAUUUUGUUAUUAGUGAGUUUUUUGAAUUGUAAAUGGAUUUCCAGUUUACCUUCUGUUGUCCACAGCUUUUUUAAUUUUAAGGUUUGACUAAUUGGAUCCAUCUCAUUGUACAGUGUUUUAGUUGCAAGCAGAAAGUAGAAUUUGGUAUAAAGCAGGUUAUUUCUAUAUUGAAAGGAGUACAGUUGAAAUUGUAGAUUUAAGAUUGUUAAAAUCAUGACAAUUCUAACUUGUCUAUUCUAACCUACUGUGUACAAUCUGAUUUUUUAACAUUGUAAACAUGUAUGAUCUUGGUUUCAUGUGUUUUUGAAAGUGUUGUUGUUUAAAAAAUGAAAAAAGCAUAUCUGCUAAAGAGCUGUCAGUUUUCAUUACUGACUCUGUACAAUACACUGUUCUUUGUGUACUGUGUGUUAUUUUGCCAGCUGCUGCAUUAGCCUUCAAAAGUAUUUGGAAACUUAAGAUGAACUACAUUUCUUGCAAAGUACAUUCCUUUCUGUGGUAUUUUGUCCUGUAACUGAAGUAUAGUAAUUAUUUUAUGGAAAUGUUAGCAAUUCUGUACCAACUUUGAAUAAAAUGAAAAAUUUAUA